UUGGUACAUCUGGCUCUCAGUCGUGGCCAUCAUUCUCGUCAGCAGCUACGUGUGGGACGACUCAAUCAUCAUAACAGUUCUCGGAUUUCUGCUAUCCCUGGCAGUGGGCACGAAGCUUGAGUUCAUCAUGGCUCAGCUGGCCCUCGAGAGCGCACAUGUCAAGGGGGCAGCCACAGGCGCGCACUUAAAGCCACGCAACUCCCUCUUCUGGUUCCACCGCCCACGCCUGCUGCUCCACAUCAUGCAUUUUGCGCUCUUUCUGCUUCAUGUCACAUUCCUUCUCUUCUCCUCUUCUCCUCUCCAACCCUCCGUCCCUCCUCCUUUCCCCUCCAACCCCACCUCUCCCCUCGUUUGCUUAUGUACAGAGCUCAUAUGCCUUGGGAAGCCUCAUGUUUUAUUUGGCCUCCCUUCUCCCCCACCUCUCCCACUUCGUCUCCUCACUCCCUUCCUCCUCCCCCCACAGUACCUACUGGCAAAACACCAGCAAUGA